AUGUGGGGUGCUGCUGUGUCUAACCCUCCACAUUAUCAAUAUAUGCAAGGACCGCCGGGUCCGAUGCCCCCAAAUGGCCCGGGUGGUCCAAUUAUGUCAGGUCCGCCUAAUGUAAGGCACCUGAGGCCGCAGUCUUCGUACUCGUUGCCACACGGCAGCAACGGGCCUGGUCGCUGGGGGUGGCCUGGUAAUCACAUAUCUUCGUUUGAUCGGAGGCAGGUGAAGGUACCGCCCCAGCCUGCUCGACCUGCACCAGUUCGUCCAUCACAUAGUAGAAAUACCAUAGCUAGUGAGAAGAUCGGCAAGGGCUCCUUCGGCGAAGUAUUCAAAGGGGUUGACAACAGAACCCAGCAAGUGGUCGCCAUAAAGAUAAUUGAUCUUGAAGAGGCCGAAGAUGAAAUCGAGGAUAUUCAACAAGAAAUCAUGGUGUUGUCACAGUGUGACAGCCCAUACGUCACUAAAUAUUACGGGUCAUAUUUGAAGCAUGGUAAUCUGUAUGACAUGGCUGCUAUUUGGGAUUGUCCUUCAGCUUCACUGCAAUGCGGGUCGGGCGAGGGUCGUGAGAAGUAG